AUGACCUCGCGCUUAGUCCUGGUCAUUGGUGACCUGUUCAUCCCUGACCGCGCUCCUGAUCUUCCGGCCAAGGUACGCACUGUUCUGCUUCCUCUGGCUCAUCGGACCCCACUCUUCCGCAAGCUCCUGACGCCGGGCAAGAUUGGCCAGAUCUUGUGCCUGGGCAACCUGACCGAUCGCCAUACCUUCGAAUUUCUCCGCCAGGUCGCCCCCGACCUGCAAUUGGUGAAGGGCGAUUUCGACGUCGAUUCCCCCAACCUUCCGCUCUCCAAAGUUGUGACCCACGGCAGCCUCCGCAUCGGCUUCACCCAUGGCCACACCAUCAUCCCGCCGGGCGACGCCGACGCCCUGCUGAUUGCGGCGCGCCAAAUGGAUGUCGACAUCUUGCUCUGGGGUGGUACCCAUCGAUUCGAGGCCUUCGAGAUGGAGGGCAGAUUCUUUGUGAACCCCGGAAGUGCCACGGGUGCCCUGAGUACGGGCUACUGGGCUGACGGAGAGGACCCAACGCCCAGUUUCUGCUUGAUGGACAUCCAAGGGGACGUGCUGGUGCUGUAUGUUUAUCAGCUCAAGACAGACGCCAACGGAGUCGAAACGGUCGCCGUCGAGAAGGUCUCGUACCGCAAGAACAACGUCCCGUCCUCAUGA